GGAAGGAAGGAAGCUGGGAAGGAGCGAGCGAGCGAGCGAGCGGGGGCGCGAGGCGUUUACCUGGAGGCAGCGGCUUGGGCGCGCAGAGCGGCCGCGGCUCCCCCGCACCUGCGGCCAUGGAUGAGGAGCGCGCCCUCUACAUCGUCCGGGCCGGCGAAGCGGGGGCUAUCGAGCGGGUCCUGAGGGAUUACAGCGACAAGCAUAGGGCUACUUUCAAAUUUGAAUCAACAGAUGAAGAUAAAAGAAAGAAACUCUGUGAAGGCAUAUUUAAGGUCCUUGUGAAAGAUGUCCCAACAACAUGUCAAGUGUCUUGCCUGGAAGUACUUCGCAUUCUCUCCAGAGACAAAAAGAUUUUAGUUCCUGUAACAACUAAGGAAAAUAUGCAGAUACUGCUGCGACUAGCCAAGCUAACUGAAUCGGAUGAUUCUUUGGAGAAGGUGUCAGAGUUCCCAGUUAUUGUGGAGUCAUUAAAAUGUCUGUGUAACAUAGUGUUCAACAGUCAGAUGGCACAGCAGCUCAGCCUGGAACUUAAUCUUGCUGCAAAGCUCUGUAACCUUUUGAGAAAGUGCAAGGACCGAAAAUUUAUCAAUGACAUUAAGUGCUUUGACCUGCGCCUGCUCUUCCUCCUGUCACUUCUGCACACUGACAUCAGGUCACAGUUGCGCUACGAGCUCCAGGGACUACCGCUGCUAACCCAGAUCUUGGAAAGUGCCUUUAGCAUCAAGUGGACCGAUGAGUAUGAAUCGGCCAUAGACCAUAAUGGACCUCCUCUCUCACCUCAGGAGACAGACUGUGCCAUUGAGGCCCUCAAAGCUCUGUUCAAUGUGACAGUAGACAGUUGGAAGGUGCAUAAAGAGAGUGAUUCUCAUCAGUUCCGUGUCAUGGCAGCUGUCCUUCGCCAUUGUUUACUAAUUGUAGGUCCAACCGAAGACAAAACGGAAGAGCUGCACAGCAAUGCAGUCAACCUUUUAAGCAAUGUUCCGGUCUCUUGUUUGGAUGUCCUCAUUUGUCCAUUAACCCAAGAGGAAACAGCCCAAGAGGCACCGGCUCUAGAUGAACUGCCCAGUGAAAAAACAGCUGAAAAAGAAGCAGUUUUGAAAAACAAUACCAUGGUUUACAAUGGUAUGAAUAUGGAGGCCAUUCAUGUUUUACUCAAUUUUAUGGAGAAGAGAAUAGACAAGGGCAGCAGCUAUAGAGAGGGUCUAACUCCAGUUCUCAGCUUAUUGACAGAAUGUUCCCGAGCCCAUCGACACAUCCGAAAAUUUCUCAAAGAUCAGGUUUUACCACCAUUGAGGGAUGUGACGAAUCGACCUGAAGUUGGCUCAACUGUGAGAAAUAAGCUGGUGCGCCUCAUGACACAUGUUGACCUUGGAGUCAAGCAAAUUGCUGCUGAAUUUCUUUUUGUCCUUUGCAAAGAGAGAGUGGACAGUCUGCUGAAAUACACUGGCUAUGGGAAUGCUGCAGGACUGUUGGCUGCCAGGGGCCUCUUGGCUGGAGGAAGAGGUGAUAAUUGGUACUCAGAGGAUGAGGACACAGACACUGAAGAAUACAAAAAUGCAAAACCAAACAUUAAUCUUAUCACUGGUCAUUUAGAGGAACCAAUGCCAAACCCCAUAGAUGAAAUGACAGAAGAACAAAAAGAAUAUGAAGCCAUGAAACUUGUCAACAUGCUUGAUAAACUUUCCAGGAGAGCAGAUGUGAAGGAGCUGCACCAGGAUGGUGGUUAGCAACAGUGGCCCGUGCCAAAGCACUUACCAAAGUGAUGACUAAGGUUGGUCAUGCCAAGUACUGUUACUGAGCCUGGUGUAGGACAUAGAUGUGACUCACUUUCUAAAACUCACUGUAAGACCACCAAUGUGAAAAUCAAAAUUUGAUUUCCACUUUGCCUCUAUGCUAGACAUGACUGCAGCCUCAGGGAAAUCAGCACCCUAACAGCUUUGUUUCACCUAAAUGUGCAAAGACAGUAGAGAGAUUAAUAAUUAGAUACUUUCUUAUUGAAUGCCAGUUGGCCUAGUGGUAUGCCAAGCAGUUUUUCUUUAGCAUUACUACAAGGAUUCUAUUUGUGAUGUGUGUAGAUAAGGGCAUUGGCAGUGUACCAGAAGGUCUUAAGCAUUUGAGAAUAAUCUGAACUCAAUAAAUCCCAUCAUGUUUAGCUAGUACAGUGCCUUGUACCCCAUGGUUUCCCUGUGUGUGAUAAUGACACAGCUGAUCCCAAGAUUGGAAUGUCAGUUUUAUUGCUAUAUUAAAAUAGCCUACAUAGGUUAAGAUUUUAAAGCACACUUUGUCGGUUACAUGUUCAAGGCUGAAAAGAAAUUGUACUAAAAUAUUUUGGGUCGUGACUCGCUACCAAAUAUCUAGAUAUUAUAGCUAUUCUGUAUUAAAGGGAUUAUAUAUAUAAUAACCACUAAGGCCUGAGGCAUGAGAUUACAGAAACCUUCAUUUGGCAUUUUUAAUGUGGGAGGAGAGGUGAAAAGUGGUAAAAUCAACCCAAUUUCCCACCUCCUCUUUCCUUCUCUGACGCGGGAAAAAAAAAUAAGCCCCUACAACUCCUGCAGGAGAUUAGAGUGGGAAUUGUGUUGGGGUAAGCAAGUCCAGUGUGGCUAAUGCAAUCGCCUUUGCCUUGACUACAGCACAGUACUCAUAAGAAGGGUGCCCCCUCCAGGAACAGGCAGAGAGCGUUGACUGGCUUAAGUUUAAACUAACCAAAGGAAAUAAUAUUUCAGGUUACAGUUUUGUUUUGACUGCUCUAAUCCCCUUUAGUUCCUUAAUUGGAACCAGAAUUGAUUAAUCCUCUACUCAGUCCUUACCCUAUUACUGUUUAACAAGGUGCAUUGCCUUUUUGCUUCUGUUGCCUACCAUCAGAAUCUGUUUUUAAAACUUACGUUUAUAUAACUAAUUAUUCUACAUGUCUUCCUUAGCUGAUGAUUGAUUUUGCUGGUCAUUAUGUGUACCAUUUGGAACAUAGCUUUCUUAAUAAAUACAGGCACCAAAUAUAGGAAUAAUCCCCUUUAACACAAAAUUUAUUUUUAAACUCACUAAAACAGAAGUUUUAUGACUGAAAAGAAAUACUUAGUUAUUUUACUCUCCUCAAAAAAAGAAAACAAACAAACCAAACUGUGGUUACCCCUGCCUACAUGAUGAGAUAGUCAAGGAGACGCUUCCAGGUGUAGAUCAGCAACAUGGCCCAGUCGUUAAAAGAAAUCCUUAGUGUGUGGUAACCACCAGACAUCUGUGUUGGUUAAUUCAUAUUGGGUUGGGUUAUACUCAGAUUUUGAAGACUUAGUGCUCCCUGCCUCCCAAAAAAGGUAAAAUAUCUCAUUGUUUGAUACAAAUUACAUACUGAAAUAAGAUUUUUGUAUUAAAUAAAUUAUGAAUUUUACCUCUUUCACUGUGGCUAUUAAACAUUUAAUAUAUAAUUUUACUGUGGUUUAUGAUUAUAUUCAUAUUAGACACCUCUGGUCUCUGUCAUUAAAAUGUACUGUAAGAUUGCUUGGAAAUUCACUUAAAGAAUCUUGGAUCCAGGUAGAUUAGAACUCUUAAAAUGGCCGGAAAAAUUAAUUGGAGAGUUUUGACAUCUGUAGGUUCUGGCAGACUCCUUCCAGUAAGCAGUAGGAUGUGCUGCUUUUGUGUUGCCUGUUGCCAGCAGUUGUCAUGUAGAUCUGUAGUAGCAGUAACUACUCAGAGUUCUCAUCUCCAGACUCUUCUACUCAUUAUCCCCUCCUUUAAGUCUUCCUAGCCGGGAAGAGUACAUAAGAACUCCUUUCUACCGCUUUAGUCAGCUGUCAGUUGGCAUGUCAACCUCUUGUUUUAAUUGUUACUUUGCUAAUGUAGGCAGUAGGAUAUAGCAGUUUUGUGAAGAAAGCAAUAAAGAACACCAGCACUUAAGAGUAAAACAAUUUUAUUCUUCCAGAACUCUAACAUCUUUCCCUACAAUUUUUUAACCAUACUGUUUAAUGUGCGGUGGUUAGCAAUUUAAGUUUUGCAUGCAAUCUUAACAGAGAUGAGAAUAAUAAAAAUUAAUAUUUACAUAGUGCUUAAGCUUUUAAGCAUAUUUCCGUGUUAUCUCCAGUGAUAAACUUGUCCUGUGGGUUAAAUAGGGAAAGAGAUAUUAUUGAGUUAGGAAUAAAUGCUCCAAAGAUUGCAUGCCUGAUCUUAGGUCCAUGGUUUGGUUAAAAACUGCUCCAAACCUUAUCCUGUUUUGAAAAGUUAGAAACUAUACUGAAGGUUGUCAGUGAAAAUAAUGUAAAUAAGACUUAAUAAUUUAAAGAGAAUUAAGACAGCACAUAAAAUUGGAACAAUACAAAGAAAGUUAGCAUGACCCCAGCACAAGACAAAUUUGUGAAACGUUCCAUAUUUAACAACAAGAAAGAAAGAGUUAAGAUUCAGAGGAUACACAUGCCUGCUUUCUCAUUCCAUAGUUCAGCUCUUCUUGCAUAUCAGGUUAAAUGCUAAAUAACAUAUUGAAAACAAAACAACAAAAAAACCAGCCAGCUUUAUGGGGGAAAUAAUAAGCUUUCCAAUAUUAUAUUGUUUUUACUUAAUU